CCUACUGAAGUUAGCUCAAGUUAGCCACGCUGCGCGAAUUGAAUAUGAUCUCUACUGAAUAAGUAAUCAAACUAAAUAAAAUACAUUACAUGCUCUGCAAUUAAUUCACAAAAAGUGUUUCCUCAAUUUAAUCAAAAGCAUCAAUUACGUUUAAUCCAAUAAUUUAAACAGUAAACUGAGCUUAUUUAUUUGUCACGUUAUUAGGUUAAUGCUUCAUAAUAAGUAUUGCAUCAAUUUAUGUAAUAUACAGUGCGCAGAAGCCAUGCACUUUUGAAUCCAAGCGCGAAAUUAAGAAAACACACUGCAGAAGAUACACGUGACAUACCAUGAUGAAAUUAUGCAUAAAAUUGUAUUGUUUAUAGACAUUUUAUUUGCAGAAUAAUUCUUCAAAUACAUUAAAGUCGUUUCUGUAUAUAUAUUUGCAUAAAUAUUUGAAAUUUUUUAUUCCUAAAAAGAAAUGGAAGUUAGCGUAGGGGAUGUAGUGAUGCCUGGCGAUACUGUGAAAGAUAUUACAACUGUUAACAAAAAGGAAACAAUUAUUUUAGGACCCGGUCUUCGUCGCGAAGCUGAUACAGUAUUUGCAUAUAAAGCAGGUAUACUGAAAAAAGCAGAACCAGCUGUAUAUUAUGUAGAUACUUAUCAAAAACGUUAUAUACCAAACCGUGGAGAAAAUGUAGUAGGUAUAGUGACGCAGAAAGGUGGUGAUAUAUUUAAAGUAGAUAUAGGAGCCAGUGAUCAAGCAUCUCUGUCAUACCUUGCAUUUGAAGGAGCUACUAAAAAAAAUCGUCCUGACAUUCAAGUUGGAGACCUUGUGUAUGCAAAACUUUUAGUUGCUAGUAAAGAUAUGGAAUCAGAGCUUGUCUGUGUAGAUUCUCAUGGCAAAGAAAAGAACCUAGGUGUUUUAAGUAAUGACGGCAUGCUCUUUACAUGUUCUUUAAGCCUUAUUCGGAAGAUACUGAAUCAAAAAUCUCCAUUGUUUAAAACACUUGCGAAUAGUCAAGCAUUUGAAGUAGCAGCUGGUAUGAAUGGGAGGGUUUGGGUGAAAGCAAGGACCAUUCAUGAAACAAUAGCAGUGGCAAAUGCUAUUUUAGCUGCAGAAUAUGCUACACCUAACUAUAUAAAAAAACUGUGCUCAGACAUUGAGAAAACACUCCUUUUAACACAAUCAACUGAUACUGAUUAACAUUACAAUAAAAGACAGUCAUAUCUUAUGAAUGAUUAUUUAUUGUAUCAAUAUGUUUAAUGAAUUUUAUAAAUAAAUCUGUAUGAUUUUUUACGUGAAAUAUGAUGAUUAUAGUGACAACCAUUGUGACAACCAUUGUGAUAAGAAUGUAGAGUUAGAACUACACGUAGUACAUACAUUUUUAAGUAUGCCGAUCAUGUAUACUGCUAUAUAAUACAAUUAAAAUGUGAAUAAUACUACAGUUAAUGAAUGAUGUAAAAAAAAUAUACUUAAACUGUUAUAUUAAUGUUCUGAUUGCAAUUUUGUAAUGAACAUUUAUUUAAUAUAAAAAAGUAUUUUUACGAGGUUGAUGUUACAGAGUAUGUUAAUUUUAACAAAUUUUUAGAGCACUAUUUAAAUUCUAAGAAAAAAUGAACAGGGUACGCUAAUUACUACAGU